GAUAAGUGUGAGUGGAGGAGCUUGCAGGGGCGUCAGUGCACAUGAACGCUCAGACGGAUAAGUUGCUCGACGUGGGACCACGGGGGAACAUCACAUCGUUACACAGCCUGCUGAAAAAACACCCCCAUGUCCAGCAGGUGAGUCGACAACGCAAAACCAUCUGCACUUUUUUUUUCCACAGACACUUACUACUGUUGUAUAUUUUUUGCAUUAUGUAUACUCAGCAUCUUGCAUUUUUAUCUUUUUUUGGCGGGAGGGGGGCUGCAAUUUAACUUAAUACGCAAUAGAGAGGAGACAGUUGACGGCAGAUGGGGGAAACAAAAGAAGAAACGGAGUGAAAAACUGAGACAAAGGACGUUAGAAAUCAUUCCGUCUGCUUCUGCUGUGCUUGUUUGAGUGUUGACACGCAACAUAUGAGGAGAAAAAUGCACACAUAUUAUCACUGGAGGCUUUUUGAGCAUUGUCAUGCACAGAUGCGGAUAGGAUCGGCGCUGUACACCAGCCCAAAGCAUGAUAAUACGACUGAAUAACGCAAUUGCGGUUUAACGAUGGAUUACGCCUUUCUGCCUCGGUCCAUGUGGACAGUUGACAGCAGAAUCGUGCAACAUCCAGCUGAGCUCCAUACCAGCGUGGUGGUGACGCGCAGUAUACCCGCAGGAACCUGCUUCGGUCCGUGCAUUCUUCAACACACUUUUUACGACACCAUCGCCUUUAUUGCGCAGAAAUCCAGCGACAGGAAAGCCAAAUCAUGCGUCUUUAGCGUGGACCCAGAGGCCAUGCGUAAUUCGGCGUUGGUGCUGUCUUGGCUGCGACUGGUGCAGGCUGCGCGCAAUAAAGAGGAGCAGAACACCGAGGCCUUCCUCAAAGGAGGUCAGCUCUAUGUGAGGACCACUAGAGACGUCGAACAGGAGGAGGAACUCCUGGUGUGGUACGACCAGGAGCUUUGUCACCUUCUGGGCUUUACAGACAUGAGCAGAGGCACAAGUAAAGAGUUCAGAUGUGCUAGGUGUGAGCAGGUCUUCAAGAAUGAAUAUCCAUUCCUGGCCCAUUGCCGCUUCUUGUGUGCCCAAAUAAAGAGUGACACCUGGAGCGUUUACGAACAAAAGCACGUGGAGCUCAAGAGGCCGCAUCGUGUCACAGAUUUCCACAACAUCGCCAGAGAUUUGGAACACAAACAACCCGGCAGCAGUGGCGACGCAGACGUCCUCGCUUUGAAACGAAAAUACCAGGACAGCCUCCCCCUCAAAUUGCAGAAGACUGUCUUGUUGGAAAAAAUCAACAUUUCAAAUGAUGAUAACAUCACACAGUUGGGGAGAAGCCAGGACGAGGCUGGAGGAGGUGCAUCUGACACAGACAUUAAGAUAAAAGCGGACGUGACCAAGCUGGAUGAUUUGGGAUGUAAAAAUGUGACUUUUGGAGAGGCGAUGGAAGCCAAAUGGACUUUUACACACGGCAGGCUUGUGGACUCGGAGACAGGGGAGAGCUCUGGCUUGCGCUCGAGCAGCAGCAGUGCUUUUUCUUUGGUCCAGUCAAACAAUCGGGAACAGAAAAGUGCUUUUUGUAAACCCAGUAAAAGGAUCGCUGCAGGCGGACUGCAUCAUGGUGGUGUAACAACAGGGCCCUCUAUUGGUGUGGAGGAGAUGAGCGAGGUCUUCGCCUCCAGGACCGUAUCAGGAUAUAACACGCUGAUGGCGCCCAGCAUCCUGAGCAAUGACAUGCACACAUUGUCGUCACCCUUCCAUUACACACCGGAGCACUGGUCAAGAACCUCUCAGGUCCAGUCAACCUCGGCGCUCACCGUCCUCCCUCCCACCUUCACCUCAUUCGGUGUGUCGGUACAGAACUGGUGCGCCAAGUGCAACUUGUCUUUCCGCAUGACAUCCGACCUUGUCUUCCACAUGCGCUCCCACCACAAGAAGGAGUUCGCCGCCGAGUCCCAGGUGAGGAGGAGGAGGGAGGAGAAGCUCACCUGCCCCAUCUGCCACGAAUACUUCAGAGAGCGCCACCACCUGUCCAGACACAUGACGUCACAUAACUGAUGACAGAAGAAAAAUGUAUUCAUUCAGUAAAUAAAGCUUCUGUAUUUAAUAGGCUUAGAUCCUGGAUUUAACAGUGAAUGUAGUAGCUGUUAUAAAAUAGCCAACACAGCAUGUCCACUAGGGGGCGGCAAAGGUACAUGACUGACCUCGCAACCUCUCUGUCCUUCAGGCCUCUGUGUGUUGUUUUUUGUGCCUUAAGGACCUCAGGAUGGUGGAAAAUAGAUGAAGAGAUGUUGAGGACAGCUCCUGAUUGUCACGCACAUCUUGAAGCCAUCUGCUUAUUUAUCCUCUUUGUACUGUACAUGGCCAUGGAGUGUGUUUGCACAUUUACAGAUCUAAACAUGUCAACAUGAAAUAUGCUUUGAGUGUUUUUUUUCAUCAUUUGAAACACCAUGAUGAAAACUGGAUGAAAAUUUAUAAAGAAUCGGAACAAAUCCCAUUGUUCUAACAAUAUUGGGUAUACCUGCUGUACAUUAUUGUAUUGUGCAGUCAGUUUUUUAAUAACUUGGUUUUCAAAGAAAAUUUUAGCCCAAAUUUUGCUCUGAUUCUUGUACACUGUCUCGGUUAUCAUACAAUAUUGGGAGUAACAAACUAGUCAGUUUACCAUGCACUGCAUCCUCACAACAGUGUGACUGUUAAAUAACCUGCCAUGUGCCCAAAGAAAGUUGUGAGUGCCAGUAAUUUGAUGAAGAACGUGAGAAACACUAUUCAAUUCAAGAAAUAAUUCAUCAUCAAGUACGGAGAUGGUGUCCCCUCCCCUGCUCCUUCACUGUCUUCACCAACAAGGAUCUUCAAUAAAAGUAAA